AACACACACACACACACACACACACACACACACACACACACACACACACACACACACACACACAUGUCAUAUGACGCACUCUAUACAUCCACAUACUAAAUAUUUAAAGAUCAUCUUCUUUAGCGCAGAAUGGGACCGAACAUUCCGAUGACAGUUACGGCGCGUGAGUGACUGCACAGAUAGGCAGUAGAGGAGCUGGAGACAUGACGGCUGCCGGGACAGUUCUGCCUUGUCUCCGCAUAGGGCUGGUCAUAUAUUUUCCCUAUAUGACGUUCAACAUAGUCGGUGAACCGCGGGACUAUAGUGGCGUCAUGAUGGAAGUGAACAGCAUCAUCGCCGCUAAACUUAAUAGAUGCAUUGAGUAUGUGAUUGCUGAACAUCCCACAGGCGGUGUUCAAACUGCCAAUGGUUCUUGGAUUGGCGCUGUGGGACUUCUGCUGGACCAUGAUGUUGAUUUCGUUGGUGUUCCUACGACUGUCAACGACCAGCGCCUAAAAGUCGUGGACUACAGCGUGUAUGUGGACAUGGAUAAACAAGUUAUUAUAUACAAGAGACCGUCAUUAGAAGCCAACAUAGCUGGAUUUGUGAAACCCUUUAAUAAAACAGUGUGGGCGCUUGUGGCCGCUGCCUUAGUACUGGUGUGUGUGGCCACCUGGUUUGUGUAUCGCUCUCAGGACGUCCUACAGGCAAUGAAGAGCAGGAAGACACGUGACAGCAAUUCUAACGCGUGGAGCACCUCUUGCCUUUGGAGUAUCUAUGUCUCCCUGUCUCAGUCCAGCCCAUGGUGGCCCGAAGGCGGCGCACUCCGGGUGGUGGCCGGUACGUGGAUGCUGAUGAUGCUCAUCCUGGCCACCGUGUAUCGGUCUAAUCUUAAGGCCAUGCUCAUCAUCCCCAAGAUACGUCUUCCCUUCAACAACAUGGAGGAGAUGCUACAGACGAACAUACCUUGUUUCGUGCCCCUUGGCAGCAUCCUUCAUUUGCUCAUGGAGAAGGCUCCUCCAAAGAGUCAACUUGACCGCUUGAAGAAGCAAGCAGUAAUCCACCUGGACCCGCCCCAAGCCGUUCGGGACAUCAUUACUGGCAAGUACGCGGCCAUCACCAACAACCAUAACAUCAACUAUGUUCUCAACACUGCCUUUGAACAGACAAAAUCAUGUCAGAACUAUGUGGCAGAUGAAGCAUACAUCACUGGAUUCAGCGCCAGCCUUGGAAUUCCGAAACAUUCACCAUUAACAUCUAAAAUAAAUCGAAUCCUGGAGAGCCUGCAGGAGUCCGGCGUGAUAAGGCAGUUGUACCACAAUAUCCUGCCUUACGCCUUCAUAUGUUUAAGACCAGAGUCCUUUAGGCGACCCAACAACAACCUGCGCCCACUAGAGUUGGAGGACUUCUACGGUGUACUGUCCAUCUACGCUGGAGGUACCAUCUUGGCUGGUCUGGUUUUGGUGCUGGAGUUCCUGACUGCAACCAUUGGAAUUUCGUACCGGCGUGACAGCAAGCGCUGUAGGAGCAUUCCGUAACCAAGGUUACCGUCACAACUAAAGAGGCAGGAAGAAGCAACAUGUAACUUUCCACCACAAAUAUUUGUACGGGAUUAGAUGCCGCAGUUGUGUAUAUGUGUUAUUUCCUCUGAAAAUCAAUAAAAUGUCAUGAAUGGUAUGAAUACUUCUUGGAGGAAGAAACAACUUGUAACCUUCCACCACAAAUAUGUGUACGGGAUUAGCUGCCGCA